AUGUUGGAAGGCGUCCUCGCCUCGCUUCUCAAUAGGCUGCUCGCCGCCUACGUCGAUGGCCUCAACACAAGUCAGCUCAACGUAGGCAUCUGGUCCGGAGAUGUCAAGCUGCGCAACCUCCGUCUCAAAACGUCAGCCCUCGACAAAUUUCGUCUUCCCAUCGACGUCAAGGAGGGCUACCUCGGCGACCUGACGCUCUCCAUCCCAUGGUCCAACCUCAAGGGCAAGCCGGUUCGCAUCCUUGUCGAGAAUGUCUACUUACUAGCUGCACCCAAGAACAGCAGCGUCGAGGUCGACGAGGAAGAGGAAGCUCAGCGUGCACAGGCUGCCAAGCAGGAGAAACUCGCCAAUGCAGAGCUGCUCGGCAGGGAUAGCGGUCAGGGCGUUGGCAUCUCUUCUGAAGACGAGCAAAAGAACCAAUCCUUUACAAGCUCCCUCAUCACCAAAAUCGUCGAUAAUUUGCAGUUCACCGUGCGCAACAUCCACAUCCGCUACGAAGACAGCCUCUCAAACCCCGAACACCCCUUCUCUGCCGGUAUCACGCUCGCCGAGUUCUCUGCCGUCUCCACAGAUGCCAACUGGAACCCCACUUUCAUUCAGAACAGCGGCGAUGGCAUCCACAAACUCGCCCGUCUCGAGUCGCUCUCGGUCUACUGGGACACAGACUCCGAGUCGCUCGCCGGCCACGAGAUCUCGGAAGCGCAGAAGAAAUUCAACGCACUCAUUGCACGCGACGGCAGCACACCUAGCCAUCAGUACAUCCUCAAGCCCGUCUCGGGUGCAGGCAGACUGGUGAUGCGCAAAAAGAUGACCUCGGAAGUGCCCAAGAUGGAUGCGCAGCUGCUCUUUGAAGAGCUUGGCUUCGCACUUGAUGACGAGCAGUAUCGCGACGUUAUCUCGGUCGCCGACCUCUUCCAUUUCUACACGCGCCAAGCCCAGUAUCGCAAAUUCAGGCCAAGUACCGAGGAGCUCGAAGAAAAUAGACCGCGUGCCUUGCUACGCUUCGCCGGCAAAGCCAUUCUCAACGAAGUGCACGAGCGCCAUCGCGUCUGGACUUGGGACUACUUCCGCCAGCGACGCGAUGACCGUAAGGAAUAUGUCGAGCUUUUCAAAGAAAAGGAGAAGAGCGUCCAAAAAACCAACCAGCAACAGGCGGGCGUCGCCAUUGCUCAGAGCGACAGCGGUUCGCGGCUCGAGCAGCUCGAGAAGAAGCUUGACUACAAGGAUAUCCGCUUCUACCGCUCCAUAGCGCGGCACGAGCUUCGCAAAGAGAAGCUGACCGCCAAGAAGGAUGACCUUGCGCAAGGCGGCAAUGGCGCCGACGCCGAUGGCCAGAACGCAAAAGGCAGCGGCGGAUGGCUCGGCUGGAUUUGGGGCGGAGGCGGCGGUGGUCAGCAGCAGCACGGCCACGAGGAUGGCGUGCUCAACGACGAGCAACGAAAGGAGCUCUACGACGCUAUCGAAUGGGACGAACAAGCCAGUGCCUCGUCUCUCACACAAUCGGUCGACGCGCCCAGGGACGCCAUGCACCUCCGCCUCAUCACCAAGCUCAAGACCGGAUCGAUCGCACUGAAAGACCAUGCGCGCGGCACCGACAUCCUCUCGCUCGUGUUUGACUCGCUCCAGGCCAACGUGAUUCAACGGCACGGCAACCUUGAGGCGGCUGUGGCGCUCGGAGGUCUGCGUGUCUACGACGGCACCACACCCAACUCGCUCUAUCCGCAGGUAGUGCGCGUGAAGGACGACGAGUUUGACAAUCCAACGCGCCAAAAUUCGGAUCCGGGCGAUCUCAAACGCAUCGAGCAGGAAGUCGAGCAGGAGAGCGACCCAGAUAAUCCCUUCUUCUACGCCAAAUAUGAGCUGAAACCACUCGAUGACCGCGCCGACAAUGCCCUGACGCUCAAGAUGCGCUCCAUGGAAAUCAUCUACCACCGCGGCUUUGUCGAAUCUAUCGUGCGCUUUUUUAAGCCGCCCGAGAGCGAGCUAGAGCUGAUCGGUGCGCUGAUCGACGUCGCCAGCGAGACCAUUGAGGGCAUUCGCAAGGAGACGCGUGCCGGCCUCGAGAACGCACUGCAGAACCACAAGACCAUCGACAUGGUCGUCGAUGUCAAGGCGCCCAUCAUCAUCGUCCCCGAAGACGUCACCACCAAAAAGUGUCAGCACAUGGUGCUCGACGCCGGUCGCAUCGCUAUACGCUCCGUGCUCGCCGACCAGAGCGCACUCGACACGGUGCGGUCCAAGCAGAACCGCGCCUACACCGACGAAGACUACCGUCAGCUAGAGGACCUCAUGUACGACCGCUUCUUCGUCAAACUCGAAUCGGCUCAGCUCGUCAUGGGCAACGACAUCGACUCGUGCAUCAAAGGCCUGCACUCGGACUCUACCGACCACGGCCUUCACCUGCUGGAACGUAUCAACUUGGAUUUCACCGUGCACAACUCGAUCCUCUCUUCGGCACCCAACCUGACCAAGUUCAAGAUGACCGGACACUUGCCCACGUUACGUGUCAACUUUUCCGAUCGCAAGUACAAGACGCUCAUGCGUAUCAUCGAUGUGGCCAUCCCCAACUUUGAUGACGUCACUGGAGGAGGUGAUUCGCCCACCAAAGGCUUGGGCACUAUCGAAGAAGAGCUCGAGCCCGUGGCGAUCGGCAAAGCACGGCAGGAUGGCGAUGCCGACGACAAAGACCCGGACGACGACGACGAAGGCGCCAAACCGCGGCGUGCUCGUGGCCGACCGUCAGAGACGCUGGAUCUCAACAAGGCUCGCCGUCAACGACUCGUAGGACAGCUGCGUGGAGAAGACGAAUACAUCGUCGACGCCGGCUUCGACGACGACGACGGCAAGGACGAGUUUCAAGAUGCUGAAGAUGCCACCGUUGACAAGGUCAACGCCCAUCAGAAGACGUUUGAGCUCGAGUUUGUUGUCGACUCGCUCCAGGGCUCCAUCUUCAGGUCGGCCACCGAUCCUUCGCAGCCCGACCGUCUGCUCGUAGAUGCACGCUUCGAAGGUUUCCUGCUGCAACUUGCCGUGUAUCCAUACCACAUGGACGUCGACGUUGGUCUUCGCAGUCUCGAGCUUGAGGAUAAGAUCGUCGAUCAAGGAGCCCAGUUCCGUCAUCUCAUCACAUCCAAGCACGUUCGCGAUAGCAGCUCGCGUUCAGCCACGGCCGAUUCCAGUGCUUCGUCAGGAACAGCGUCGCCAGCGGAGCAACGCGAUCUAGUUCGUGUGCGUUACACGCGCGUCAGCGUCGAGUCGCCCGAGUUCAUGACCAAGUACGAGGGCAUCGAUCAGGCGGUCAACGUGGAGCUCUCGACCAUCAACGUCAUGCUCACACGUGUCAGUGUUCUCGCAAUGUAUGACUGGAUUAUGACGACCUUUGUCUCUACGGACGAGCCCACAUCCUCACCGGCGCCUCCGCAGGAACAGCAGCGUCGUCCUAGUCGCUCGUCGGAUCGACGACCAAGCGAUGCCGCGUCAAAGAGGGCGUCUAUCCGGCCUUCCGAAUCGACUUCCAACACGCAGGCUGUGGCCAAUGGCGACGGCAUGGGGCGCAAAGAGAAGCUGCGUGUUCGCGUCAAGCUCAACUCGAUCGUGCUCCGUCUCAACAACGACGGCAGUCUUUUGGCGACGCUCACUCUUUCGACCGCUGAUGUGGCCGUCAUGCUGCGGGGCAACACCAUCCGCGUCGCUGCACGCCUCGGCUCGCUGCUUCUCUACGACAACGCCAAGCGCAGCGUCGCUGACCCUCACUUCAAGAAGCUGCUCAGCAUCCAGGGCGAUGAGCUGGCCGACUUCACGUACGAGACCUUCGACGAGGCGGACUCCGCCUCGUAUCCUGGCUAUGACUCUUCCAUCUGGCUGCGGUCCGGCUCGCUGAAGUUCACCUUUGUCGAAGAGCCGAUCCGCGACCUGCUGCAAUUCUUCAGCAAGUUUGCGCAGAUGAAGGCCGUCUACGAUGCUGCCACGCUAGCUGCUUCCAACCAGGCCUCGCAGCUCCAGGAGCGAGUCAACAAGAUGCACUACGAUGUCCUCAUCAAAACGCCUAUCGUCGUGCUGCCACGCUCUGCCGACGCUCCUGACGUGAUGACGGCCAACCUGGGUGAAAUCUACGCCAAGAACACCUUUGCUAUCCGCGAUAACAAGGAGGCUAUCACCAAGAUCGAAGCCGGCCUCCGCCACAUUCGCCUUGCCUCGCGCAUGCGGUACGGAAGCCAGGAGUAUCAUGUCCAGAUGAUUGACGAUGUCAAUAUCUCGCUUGACUUGAUCCAGACGGAUCGAGCCAGUGCGGCACCCGACGGUCCUGUCAGCGAUAGCCCCGAAACACAGAUGGUUGCCAAGAUGUCCGACGUGCACAUCAAGCUGACCGAAGCGCAGUACUGUUUCGUCAUGGAGCUGACCCAAUCGAUUCCGCGUGCAUUCGCAGGGCUGGCUGACGAGGCGAGCGGUGCCGAUGACACCAGCAGCGCACCAAACUCGAGUGCGACCCCAGCCGCACCUGUAUCUCCGACGACGGGGUCCAAGACGAGAAAAGCAUCGGGUCAGCAGUCAGCCAAACCGCAGAGAGGCAAGUCAGGCGACAGCACACCCGGCAAAAGCGGAGACGCAACGCCAGCUGCCCCGACGCCGCCGAAGAAGGGCCCCGGUGUCGACAUGCUUCCGGAGCUCGGAACCGUCGUUCACACCGAGAAUGGCGACACAACUGUCUACACGAGCCUCGACAUGUUUUUCGACGUCAAUUCGAUCCAGCUCGAGCUGUUCACUGCCGCUGCCACCGGUCAAGAGACGCUGUACAACGCGCAGCUAGCGCGUUUCUCCAUCAAUGGCUCCGAGGUUAAGCUCAAGAUGCUAUCGGACAACUCGCUCGAGGCCGAAGUGGCGCUCAAGACGUUUACAGUGACCGACCAGCGGCCGGACAAGGACACAAAGUUCCGCGAAAUCGUCCCCGCCGUCAAGCACGAUGGUCAUCAGUUCAUGAUGAGCUACAGCGUCUCAGGCGGCGACGAUGGCUCGGCACUGGCGCUCAUCACCGUCGACAGUCCCAAGGUUAUUUUCUCGCUCGACCCGGUGUUCGCACUGCUCAACUUCUUCUCAAGCGCGUUCCCAGACUCGCCCGCAGAUGACAGCAGAGCCGGUGCGACAACUGGCACCACGACUGCGAACAGCGAUGCCACCGAUGGCCUGCAACCCGCUGUUGGACCACGGACUGACGCAGCGGCCCCAGAAGCCACACGAGCCAAUGCUGCAGCAGGAUCAUUGGCGUUCCGCGUCAAUGUCGUCGACCCGACCAUCAUCCUGCUUGCAGCUCCGGAGCGCCAUGACACUGAGGCCAUUGUACUUUCCAUCAAGCAGGUGCUCAUGUCACAGCAGGGAAUCUUGGCGCUCAAGGUGGACCAAUUUGGCAUGUUCAUGUGUAGGAUGCAUCGUCCCAAGGACACGUUGCGCCUGCUCGACAAUUUCGACUUGGCUCUGUCGAUGGACAGCCGCGUCAGCGAGACGAGCUCGCUGGCCAGCAUCGAGAUCGACGUCGAGCCGCUCGUUCUGCGCGUCUCGCUGCGCGACAUUCUCAUGAUCCAGUCCGUCGUCAACAAGGCCAUCGAGCUUUCAUCUCAGCAGUCUUCUGCUUCCAGCAAGAAUGACGCCAAGAGCAUCGCGUCCUCGCAGCGCAGGCAGGACUCGAUGGCCAGCAGCAGCAACACGAUCGAUUCGCUCACCAGGGCACCCAGGACCACCAUAAAAUCGGACGGCAGCAGCAUGGUCGACACCAAGCCCCCGCAACGUCUGGAAGAUGCCGAGCUGGUUGUGGCGAAAGAGUCGCUCCGCGCCGACUUUGCCGGCCUGCAGAUCAUUCUCAUUGGCGAUGCCCAUUCACUGCCCAUGCUGGAUCUCAGCGUAUCCAAAUUCGCCGUCGACGUUCGUGACUGGUCUGGAGACAUGCACGGCAGCACAUUGCUCGACAUGUAUAUCAACUACUACAACCUGUCGCGGUCACACUGGGAGCCGCUCAUCGACCCAUGGAGCGUCCAGUUCAAGAUGGAGUCUAGCACGGCGCCUUCGCGCUUCAAUGCGACCAUCUCGAGCACGAAGCGGCUCGAACUGAAUGUCACCACGACGCUCAUCGAGACGAGUCUUGCGGCCAUGUCACUCAUCAACGAUACCGACUUGCAAGAUCUGCAGCAGCGCAACCGUGCUCCCUUCGUGAUUCAAAACCGCACCGGCUACCGCAUCUCGCUAUGGCCGGAGCAUGACGAUCGCGAGCGCAAGAGCAAGACGUCGCCUCAGCAUUUGGACGACGGCAAGGACAUGCCGUGGCGUUUCGACGACUGGAAGUCGAUGCGUGAGCACAUCCACGAGAGCGGCGGUAACCGACUCUCGCUCCAGAUCGACGGUAUGCCGUGGGAGCGCCUGCGCCACAUCUCGGUCGACCGCGAGGGCGAGUACAUGCUGACGCUGCGACCCAAGCUGGACAAGGUGGCGCACCGCGUCCAGUACGAAGUCAAGCUGCACAACAACGUCAAGUACAUCACGUUCCGCUCAUCGUUCAAGAUCGAGAACAAGACGCUCAUUCCGAUUGAGAUGGUCAUCCUUGACCACGAGGGCAAGAUCACAGACCAGGUCCGUCGCAUCGGCCCUGGUGAGGACUGUCCUGUGCCCAUCGAAGCCGCUUACCACUGCCGUGUCAAGAUCCGACCCGACCCAGGCUUUGAGUAUGAUUGGUGUCAUGAGAGCCUCAACUGGCAGGACCUGCUCAAGAGGUCGACGCGUACCUUGACCUGCCGAGCCCAUGACGAAAACGAAGCGCCGUUCCGCUUCCAGAGCUUCGCCAUCUACGACCGUCAGGAUCCUAACAGCCGCACGUACCCGCGCAUGACACUGCGUCUGCGUGCACCCGUCGAGGUCGAAAACCUGCUGCCGUACGACAUACAGUACCGCAUCUUUGACAAGAAUCUAAACCACAAUUGGUCGAGCUAUUUGCGCAAGGGCGGCAUCAGCCCGAUCCAUGUCGUCGAGCUGUCGCACCUGCUGCUGCUUAGUGUCGACAUCCAGUCGUCGUGCUUCUCGCCCAGCGAGUUUGCCAUCAUUGCCACCGACAACCCUGAUGACUUCCCCGUGGAGAAGACGCUGACACUCGCCGAUGCCGAGAACCUCAAGCUCAACCUGCGCCUCCACUACUCGAAGCACCCUGACUCGGGUGGAGCUUUCAAGGUGCAGAUCUAUUCGCCAUACAUUUUCAUCAACCAGUGCGGCCUGCCAUUUGCGCUCAAGACCAAGUCGUGGCUGGGUAGCGCCAAGCUCGUCGCCGGCCAGGACCAGGGAGGAGUUUCUGCCGAGAUCCGCAAGACGCCCGAGCCAUUCCUGUUUUCGCACAACUCAAACGACCGUCGCAAUCGCGUGCUGAUGCGUGUCGGCGACUCGCAGUGGUCCAAGCCGCUGUCGUUCGAGGCGGUCGGGUCCGAGACCGAGGUUGUCAUCCCGUCUGCGUCCAAGAACGAGGAGAUUCACGUGGGUCUCACUGUCGAGGAUGGCCUCGGCAAGUUCAAGCUGUCCAAGGUGGUCAAGCUGACGCCGCGAUACUUGGUGCGCAACAACCUGGGGGAGCCUCUCAACCUGCGAGAAGCGGGCGCCGCCGAUUUCGUCACGGUCGAGGCAGGCCAGCGCGUGCCACUGCAUUUUCUGCGUGUCGGUGCCACCAAGCAGAUGACGCUCGCCUAUCCCGGGAUCAACAACAAGUGGAGCGCGCCCUUCAACAUCGAAGACAUUGGCAGCGUUCACUUGCGGUUGGCCAAAGCUGGUCAUCACCAGCAUCUCAUUAAGGCCGAGGUGCUGUUGGAGGGCCCCACGAUCUUUGUCUCGCUGAGCCUCGAAAACGGGCCAUGGCCGUACAUGUUGCGGAACGAGAGCGACUUUACGGUGCAGUUCAUGCAGGCGACUGAGCGUAUCGAUGAAGGAGGUAGCGGUAAGCGCAUCGACGAGGCGGUGGGCAAAAGAUACGAGCUCAAGCCGCGCUCUAAGAUGAAGUAUGCGUGGGACUAUCCGGCGGCGACGGACAAGAUGAUCAAGCUGGUUGUCAAUGGCCGCGAGCGCAACGUCAACAUCCUCGAGAUCGGCAGCUUGCUGCCGUUCAAGUUCCCUGGAUCCGAGGGUCGAGGCCACAGUGUCAUCUCGCUCGACGUACGUGCCGACGGUCCGACGCAAACGCUGGUGCUGAGCAACUACAAGGAAGAGUUUAGCAACUUCAAGCUCAAACGACAGAACUCGACCUUCUCUCGCAGCGACACGGUCUCGAGCGUUAACAGCAAGGAUGCAGGUUUUGUGGCCGUCGACGUCGACACCAACAUCCUGACGGCGUUCAACUUGGAGUUCGAAGGCGUCGGCAUCUCGCUCAUCAAUCAAAACGUCCAGGAGCUCGCCUACGUGUCGUUCCGGGGCCUCGAGCUACAUUACACAGAGUCGGAGGUGACGACGGCAGUGAACGUGAUCUGCAAGUGGAUCCAGAUCGACAACCAGUUGUUUGGCGGCCUGUUCCCGAUCGUGCUGUACCCGACGGUGCUACCCAAGGACGGCAAGGAUCUGGAGGUGCAUCCGACGCUUCAGGCGUCGGUGAUCAUGCUCAAGGACGAAUCACACGGUGUCACGCACAUCAAGUACGCUUCGGUGCUACUGCAAGAAAUCACGGCCGAGCUGGACGAAGACUUUUUGUUCGCGCUGUACGAAUUCUCCAAGUUCGAAGGAGCCGCAUGGCAGCUUGAGGCGGAGAAGGAGACCGAUUUUAUCGAGCAUCCUCGCGAGGUGGCCGAACCGAGUGGCACGCAAGGCCAGUCGGACGACAUCUACUUUGAGAUCCUGCAUCUGCAGCCCAUCUCGCUCAACCUUUCGUUCAUGCGCACGGAGCGCGUCAACGGCGACGACAAGGUGAGCUCGCGCAACCCGCUCAUCUUCCUCUUCAAUGCGCUGACGAUGGCGCUGGGCAACGUCAACGAAGCACCGGUGCGGCUCAAUGCGCUGGUGAUCGAGAACGUGCGUCUGAGCAACACGGUGCUGCAGCAGAGGAUCAUCUACCACUAUACGCAAGGCUUCCUGCUGCAGCUGUACCGAGUGCUGGGCUCGGCCGACUUUUUGGGCAACCCAGUGGGCUUGUUCAAUAAUGUGUCGUCCGGCGUGGCCGACAUCUUUUACGAGCCGUAUCAGGGCUUGGUGAUGCACGGCAACCGGGAGCUGGGUUUGGGGAUUGCGCGCGGCGCCAGUUCUUUCGUCAAAAAGACGGUGUUUGGUCUGACGGACUCGGUAUCCAAGGUGACUGGCUCGAUCGGUAAAGGUCUGGCGGCGGCGACGAUGGACAAGGAGUUCCAGUCGCGUCGACGCAUGACGCGGUUCCGCAACAAGCCGCGCCACGCGCUGUACGGCAUCACGGCGGGAGCCAACUCGUUCUUCACGUCGGUGGCGAGCGGAUUCGAGGGCCUAGCGCUGCGCCCGCUGGAAGGUGCCGAACAAGGCGGAGCAGGUGGGUUCCUCAAGGGCGUGGGCAAAGGAUUGGUGGGCGCCAUCACGAAGCCGGCGGUAGGCGUGUUUGAUCUGGCGAGUAACGUGACGGAGGGGAUGCGCAACACGACGAUGGUGUUUGACCAGAACGACAUUGAUCGCGUGCGUCUGCCUCGGUACAUUGCCAACGAUGGCAUUGUGCGUCCGUACUCGGACCGGGAAGCGUUGGGACAGACGUGGCUCAAAAACGUGGACAACGGCCGACUGAUGAAGGACUCGUACGUUGCACACGUGGAUGUUGGAUCGCAAGAGGGCGAUGCUGUCAUCAUGCUCACCGUAUCGCGGAUCUUGUAUAUCCGAACGAUGCGGCUGAAGGUCAUGUGGGAGGUGCCACUGUCGGACCUCAGCAGCAUCUCGUUGGAGAGCGAGGGGAUCGCGCUGGUGCUGAGGGGCGGAGUCAGUGGACCGUUCUUGCACCUGCCGGAUGUGAGUACGAGGAACUGGCUGUUCAAGCAGGUGUCUAAGGUCGUGCAGAGCUACAAUGCUGCGCGGCAGUAG